AAAAAAAACAACCAUCCUUCACUUUUUCCUCCUUCCUGCGUAAACAACAAACAUGUGCGGGGACUUGUCACACGAGUCGCGCGUAAAGUCUGUUUUAUAUGUUUCUUUUUUCCCUUUUUUUUAAAGUGGGACCUGUGAUCGUAAACGUUGUUUAACGAGGGGGAAUCCAGCCCACAUAUUUAUUGCAGCCGCUGAAAAAAAUCUCCUCAAUAUCCCCCAAGAUGGCCGCCGAUGUAGGAUCGAUGUUUCAAUAUUGGAAGAAAUUUGAUCUACGGCGGCUUCAGAGGGAGCUAAACUCUGUAGCGUCUGAGCUGGCUGGUCGACAAGAGGAGAGCGAACAUUCCCACAAGCACCUGGUAGAGCUGAGCAGGGAGUUCAAGAGAAAUGUCCCUGAGGAGGUCCGGGAGAUGGUGGCACCUGUUCUCAAGAGUUUCCAGGCCCAGGUGGUUGCUCUGAACAAGCGCAGUAAGGAGGCCGAGUCUGCAUUCCUGGGAAUCUACAAACAGCUUAUCGAGGCCCCAGAUCCAGCUCCGGUGCUGGAGGCCUCACACACCCUAGAGGGUAGGCUGCAGCAGCUUCAGAGUUCUGCCCCAGACAGCGAGGCCCUGGUACGAGAGAUUAGCAGGCACUGGAAGAAGCACCUGGAGAGCCUUGAAAAGACAGAGUCUUCAGACGAUGGUCCGGCAGUCUCAGGGGCAGUAGUGUCAGACAAGGCCCACAAUUCCAGCUCCCCAGCCUCCAUGAUGAGCCCCAACACCACGCCGGUUCCUGGGGCCCCAGGCUCCCCACAACAGAACUACCAGGACCAAGCUGAGGGCCGAGGGGAGGAGGAGGAGGAGGAGAGCGCCACUGCAAGUUCAGCUGACAGACUCUUAGAGUCUCAGGAGAAGAUCAAGAGUCUGCACUCAUCUCUGAACACCGCACAGACAGAACUGCUGGACCUGAGGUGUAAAUACAACCAGGAGAUGGCAAACAAAGCAGAGGAGGUCGGUGCCAUCUUGGCAAAUCUUGAGAAAACAAACCAGAAAGCUGAGAAGGCCCAGAGGGAAGUGGAGCGGCUAAAGGAGCAGCUAGCCAGUGGCCAGCAUGCCAACACAGUGAACUGCCAUCCAGCAGAGGGCACGAGCAGGGAGAACAAUGAGAGGGAUGAGGUUCUGCCCUCCCAGCUGGAGGCCGCGCUUCUGGCUAAAGACCGCGAAAUCCUCCAUCUACUUGAAAAAAUCCAGCGGCUGCAGUUCACACUACAGGAAGUCCAAGAGACCUCAGCCAAUCAGAUACUAGAGCUGGAACGCCAGCUGGCCUAUAAAACAGAAGCUAUAGAGAGAUUAGAAACUAAACUGCAAUCCCAGAUGGACUAUGAAGAGAUUAAAACCGAACUGAGUAUCCUAAAGGUAAUGAAGCUGGCUUCAGCAAACGGCAGCUCGUCCCAGGAUUCUGCUAAGGCAGCAGAGGCUCUUUUGCUGGAUAAAGAGGCCUUUCUUCCGUCUCACAAAUACCUAAUGGAUAAAGCCCGAAUUUUGCACAGCAUUGAUGAUGACCAGUCCGAGGAUGCAGGUAGGGAGAGGGGCAGGCCGCCAGGCUCUCAGUCAUCCUCCUCUCAGGCAGAUGGUCGUGCUUCCCCCAGCCCUGGCCCCACCCUGGACGGCUCCUCCUCCAGCCAUGAUCUCCCCCGUCCUUUCUCUGUGUCGCCAUGCUCUGGGGAGAGACUGUCAGGAGACCACCUCCUCCACAAGCAGCUGCUCUCCCCACACUUUAAAAAGGAAAGCCUAAUGGCUUUUCCCACCGCCCUCUAUGCAGCCAAAGUCGCCCUCAUGUCAGCCACCCAAGGGUCUGCGGGUGCAGGCAGCAUCGAGGCCGGCUUACCCAGUGACCAGUCGGAGAGCGGCAGCUCGAUCGCAGGAGACGAAGACCAACUUGACACGGCUGAGAUCGCCUUCCAGGUGAAAGAGCAGUUGCUGAAGCAUAACAUUGGCCAGCGUGUGUUUGGCCACUAUGUGCUGGGCCUGUCUCAGGGCUCAGUCAGUGAGAUCCUUGCAAGACCCAAACCCUGGAGGAAGCUGACUGUGAAAGGCAAAGAACCGUUUAUUAAGAUGAAACAGUUUAUCUCUGAUGAACAGAACAUCUUGGCUCUACGGACCAUCCAAGUCCGCCAAAGAGGGAGCAUCACUCCGCGCAUCCGAACUCCUGAAACUGGGUCAGACGACGCCAUUAGGAAUAUCCUGGAGCAGGCCAAGAAGGAGAUCCAGUCCCAGAGGGGAGAUCGGAAAAUGGAUUUCAGAAUGCUUCAGCGUCAGUGUGUGGGUCUUUCUUGCUUAGGUGAUGGCAAGCCGUCUCUAAACAGCUUGUCAGGCAGGAGCAGUAAUGGGGCAGGCAGCAGCUCUGACGAUGCCAUAAAGGGCAUCCUAGAACAGGCCAAGAGGGAGAUGGAGGCCCAACAGCAUGCCUUGAUGGAGAUGGAGGCCUGCGGGAGGGCCCAGACUGCCAGCUCAGUAGCUCAGGUAGAGCAUCUAGGGACCCCUGAGCGUUCUAGAGGCCUGGCUUUACCCAUCUCUAUCAAACAGGAGGAAGGAGGCUGCGUCACUGUCUGCAUGGCUAACCCCAUCAGCAGCCCUCAGACACCCCUCAGUGUCCUCUCCCCUGCUGCUUUCGUCCAGAACAUCAUCCGCAAAGUCAAAUCAGAGAUCGGUGAAGCAGGAACCUACUUUGACCAGCACUGGUCUCAGGAGCGAGGGCCCAUGCUGCUUGGAGUCGGAGGCAGCUCUCGGCCCUUCAAUUCAGUCUCUCCCUCCCUGUCUUCCUCCUCCUCGGGACCCUCUGCCUUGCCCCGGUCCUGGCCCCGCCUGGAAAAUGGCGAGUGUCUGUCCAACAGCGAGGAGGCUUCUGCUGCUGAGGACGAGCUGGGCCUUGGCCGGCCAGUGGAGGUGAAAGUGGAGUCAGACACAUCAGUAAGCGGGGAGUCACCGGGCCCCGGUCCUGGACGGCUUUCCUACUACCCGGCGUAUAUCCCCCGUGCCCUCAAGCCCACUGUGCCGCCGCUGACUCCGGAGCAGUAUGAGAUGUACAUGUACAGAGAGGUGGACACCCUCGAGCUGACCAGGCAGGUGAAGGAGAAGCUGGCAAAGAACGGCAUCUGUCAACGGAUCUUUGGGGAAAAGGUGCUCGGGCUCUCUCAGGGCAGCGUGAGCGACAUGCUGUCUCGGCCCAAACCAUGGAGCAAGCUGACCCAGAAAGGCAGGGAGCCCUUCAUCCGCAUGCAGCUGUGGUUACUGGACCAGUUAGGCCAGAGUCUCAGUCAACCCACAAACCAGGGCCUCGCUCAGGAAAUAAGCCCAGUGACAGCCCAUUCCUCGCCCUCCCCGCCUCCUAGCCCAGCAGAGAGCCACCCAAGUCCACUGGUUGAGCCUGUCAGCCUAUCCCUGGAGAGCAGCAAGGAGAACCAGCAGCCUGAAAGCCUGGGACUGGGGUUGCCCCCCCACCCAGAGGGGGGGAAAUCCACCCCCAGUCUCAUGUCCCUGCAUCAGCCUACAACCCCUCUGGGUAUCCAGGAGCUGGUGGCCAUGUCUCCAGAGCUCGACACAUAUGCCAUCACCAAGAAGGUCAAGGAGGUGCUAACAGACAAUAACCUAGGCCAGCGUCUGUUUGGGGAGACCAUCCUGGGCUUGACUCAAGGCUCUGUGUCUGACCUGCUGUCAAGGCCCAAACCGUGGCACAAACUCAGCCUGAAAGGCAGGGAGCCAUUUGUUCGUAUGCAGCUGUGGCUCAAUGAUCCUCAUAAUGUGGACAAGCUGAGGGCCAUGAAGAAGAUGGAGAAGAAAGCUUAUCUGAAAAGGCGCUACGGGCUGCUGAGCACCGGCUCAGAUAGCGACUCACCCAGCACCCGCUCUGAGUGUGUGAGUCCAGCCUUCGGCUCGCUGGACUUGUGUCCCUACAGCCAGGUGAAGAAGCCUCGGGUGGUGCUGGGAGCUGAGGAGAAGGAGGCACUGAGGAAGGCCUAUCUCCUGGAGCCCUACCCCUCACAGAACACCAUUGAGAUACUGGCCUCCCAGCUUAAACUCAAAACUAACACAGUCAUCAACUGGUUCCACAACUACAGGUCCAGGAUGCGAAGGGAGGUGCUCAUGGAGGGUCUGCCAGACAAUGACACAGAUGCUGAGCACCACAGCUAUUCCCCAUCAGUGACACGGAGCCCCAACUCUGAUGGAGAGGACAGGAGGCUGCAGCAGUCCUCAGGACACGUCCACUCCAACCAUCCUCUUAGCACCAACUCUGCACAGCCUCAUGUCAAACAGGAGACACUGGAUAGGGACGACGAGGCGGGGGAGGCAAUGGAAGGCUCCAUGAAACAGUCAAGAGUUAAGUGUUUUUCUACACAGUUCCCCCCGUUGAAAAGCGAACACGAGGAAAGUAUCGAUGGAUGCCACGAGUCCCACUUGGCUGGCCAGAACCUUAGGCUGGAAGACGGGAUGAGCAGUCCAGCUAAGGGGCUCUACCAUGUUGCAGUCUCCAUAGAUGCUCCUCAGAGGUCCAACCAGUCCAGGCAUGAGGGGGAAGACACCAGAAAGUCACCCAUUGACCCGGUCAGCUUCAAGGCUUCAUCAGAGCCCUGUCGUAGCAGCCUGGAGGUCUCCCUAAACUCACCCUCUGCUGCAUCCUCACCAGGCCUCAUGAUGUCCGUCUCGCCUGUCCCCUCCUCAUCUGCUCCCAUCUCGCCAUCGUUGCCAAACCCCCCCUCAACUAGCACCAAUCACAGCCUUGACCCGAACCAACUCCCUCCUUUCCAAAGCCCCAAACUCAAUAGAAGCACUCAGAGACGUAAUGAGAAAAUGGCCAACCUCAAUAACAUCAUCCACAGGCUAGAGAGGGCAGCCAAUCGGGAAGAAACACUGGAGUGGGAAUUUUAAGUCCCCCUUUGCUUGUAUGUAGUCUGGAUGGCUGUCACGGCACACAUAAGAAUCUCAUAAAGAAGCUUCCUGGAGACUUGGAACAGAGCCUGGCUUUCAAAGGCCUGCCAUCUUAGACUUAUAAGUCAUAGGAAAUGAAAUGCAGAGCUAAAAAUGGGGCUGAGUUCCCUACAUGAACGAUAAGAGUUCACAAAAAAUUUAUAAUUGCAUAUUUCUUUGUUUUUUUCUUUGUUUUUUGAUAAUGCAUACUACUUUUAAAUAUAUGUGACAGCAUUAGCUGUUGUUUUACCUAUUGGACUUGACAUAAGACUUUUGCAGCUAUGGUGUCAUAAAAUGUACACUAAAGUUCUGUAGAUUGCCACUGGGUGAGAUUAUAAAAGACCCCUGUCUUAAGCCAUUAAAAGCACUAUAACUAUUUGAAAAGAGACAUUGACCAAAUUUGCUACUUUUUGAAUAGCAGUUUUUCAAAUUUUGUCUGUAAGACUGGACAGUUUAAGUCAAGUAACAUGAAAUCCUACUACUGACUGAGGGAUAGUCCUUUAAGACUCUAAAUAUUCAACAUCUUGUAUGUACUUAGUUUCUUGGUGAUAUGUUUUGAAAUAUUUGUAACUCUCGUAUAAAAUGUGGUUGUACAUGUUGUAGAAUUGUCUGCAAUAGCCUUCUCUAAACCUGAUGUAGCAUGGUACUCACCUGACCCUGUUAUCUCUGUAGUUGGUCACCUGUGAUUAUACUUGAGCGAAAACAAGAGAAAAAAAGUUGAAAACCCUUCAAAAAGUAAGAAAAAAUGAGAUGUUAAAAUGAGUAGAGUACUUUUGGUAUUUUCUUUAUUUUUUCUUUGAAUAAUCCUUGAGGUUUACAGUUUAGGGCCCUUGUGCUACUGUUAGUAAGUGAAACAUUCACUUCACAUGAGCACAGUUUACAUGAUUUCUUUCAGACUUACCUCUCGGACCCUCUAAGGCACUGGUUCUCAGACUGUAACAGGCCAAGACGCACGACACCUGGUUUACCUCAGAUUAUGUUGAUGCACAUCAUGCUAUGACCAUAUGAUUCAUUCUUAUACAUUAACAUGACCCACACUUAUUGAAAUUAAUUGAGGGGAAUUGCUCUGUAUCAUACCUCAGAAAAGAGGAAGUCAUACAUGAAGCAGAUGACUACUUUAUACCAAGCAAAAUCAGUCCUCGACAAAGAAUAUGCUGCUGUUUGAACAGAAAGGGAGCUAAUAAUUCCUUUCCAUGUGUGUAUUAUGAUCCUCCUAAGGUACCUGAUUGAGUGCACUUUCUCAAGUGGGAAAUUUUCUGUAAAUAAAAUUAUGUGUACUUGAUCAAACACCUCAACCUCUAA